UUAUGCCAAAGAGGUCAAAAAAUCAAAAAAACAAGUGAAUACAUCGAAUUUAAAUAUUUAUCCAGAUUUACAGGGUCAUUCCUGUCCUAAAUAUCCAGUUAAUUCACGACCCUUAACAAAUCCAUCUAUAUCUUCGACUUCCCGGAAAAUUAUUGAUUUUCAAGACAAUCUAAAUUUAGAUUUAAAUCAGAAAGUAGAUGCCAAUAUCACGUUGGAAAUUGCUAAAACAAGUCAUAACAAAAUGAACAAAACAAACGACUCAAAUAUUAAUUUAGAAACUUCGAAUUCAAAAAAUAAUAUUGAACAUAUAAUUACCCCUGAACAGAUUGUAACACAGGUCGUAUCUUUGGCGAGAGAUUCAAUUGAUAAUACAAAGAAAAUACAAGAUAUAGACCAACCAAAAUUUGAUUCGACAAUACCUAAUGAGGAAACUGAAAACAAUUCAGCUCGUAGUACACUAGUUAUCGACGAAUUAUCAUCUCAACUGAUAGAAAAUCAUCCAUUAAACUUGGACAGGCGUGAAGAAUCGAAACCAAAUUCUAAGGAUAAUAUAAAAUAUAAAGGAAGUCGCCGGAAAGACAAACAGGUAGACAGUUAUAUAUCUGUUUUCUCUCUGAUCAUAAAAGAGAAUGCUUUAUUAGAGGUUACAAAUAAUAUUAUUACUCAAAAGGGAAUUUUAAAAAAAGAAGAUUUGGAAAAUGAGGAGGCUGCGUUUUAUUUAGCCACAGGCUUCAACCCUAGUGCUGGUGAAAUACCAUUACAAUUAAAAGAUUCCGAAAAUGUAUUUAAUGGCAACAUAGCGAUAAAUUCUGCCGCAUACAUGUUUGAAUCAAAGCGAAAGAAAAAUGUUCGAUUUAACGACAAUGUUGUAAUUAUUUAUUAUACAUCAGCUGAAUGUCAACAACAAGCAAUACGAAAUGGUACAUUUAUUACAUCGGUUGUCGAACCUCUGAAAGUAGCUCUUCAACAGCAACAACGGAAUCGUGAAUUACGGAAUAAACAUUCAUAUACACAUACAAUUUUUCCGACUACCGUUCGUUGUGGAAAAUCUUAGAAGUAUUCAUUAACCUUUAUUUUAUUUAUUCAAUUUUUCAAAUAAAAUUUCAUUAUAUUUAAAUAUUUUCAUGAUAAUUAUUAUAAUGGCGACCGUGUUUGUGAUG